CUCUAUGUUUAUCUAAAGAUUCUAUCAGCUAAUCACGUAAUGUUCGAGAUUCCAUGAGAUUGCAAUGCGCAUGCGCAAGUCAGUGCAAACCGCGCUUUUAGCCACUGCCACUUCUCAAGCAGAUCAUACUUCCCCUCAUCAUCAUGCGCCUGAUGCUUCUGGGACUUUGCUUGACGAAUUUCUCAAGAUGAACGAACGCAUGGAAAAGAGAAUGUCUGAUUUUGAAGGCAGAAUUGACACCCUUAAACAAGAUUAUGCUUACGAUGAUGAGCAGAAUUUUAUUUAUGAGGAUGAUGAUGAUGAUUAUAUUCCACCAAGUCAGGCACAUAUUGCCAAAAUCUACGAAACGGGGACUGUUGACCUAGCAACAGAACUACUUAGUGGUGAGGAAGUCGUGCACGCGCAUGACGAAAUCAGUGCUGAUCCUUCUGGUUUAGAAGUUGUAAACCUCAUCAGAGAAACUCUGCCGAUAACAACGACUGAUGGGGCCCCAAUUGACACCAAACUGGCUGAAUUGGUUCAUCAGGUAUUCACUACCAAGUUUGAUGACGCGGUCAUCGAACAGAAACUAAAAGACCUGAAAAAGCCAGCUAACUGUUUGGAUUUGAACACGCCCGAAAUUAACAAGCUAAUAUGGGAUUCCCUGCAAUCUGACACACGUUCGAUGGACGUAAAAAUGCAGCGUGUCCAGAGUGGAAUGAUAAAGUCGACCAUAGCGGUGACAAAUACACUGAACAGUUUAAUUGCUCACAAGCAAGAGGUGCCAGCCACUUUGUUCAGAGAUAUUGUUUCUAAGUUGAGUGACUCACUUACGAUGUCGGCUUAUGUUAAUAGAGAAUUAAACCUCAGAAGGAAGGAACUGAUAAAACCACAGUUGAAUGAUCACUAUCGUGCACUGUGUACCCCAAGUGCUCCGACAAGUUCAGAUUACCUAUUUCGGGAGGAUGUGGCCAAACACUUGAAAGACAUUGCUAUGUCAACUCGACUUGGUCACAAGGCUACUAGCUAUGGACAUGGAAGAGGCCGUGGUUGGCAUAGAUAUCAACCCUAUCCAUAUGGUGGUAACAGAUGGGCGAGAGUCCGUGGCAGAGAAAGGUAUUACCAUGGUACGCCUUUUUUAGGGAACGGCAGAGGCUGCUGGAACAAGUUCUCCGAAAAAAGAGGAGGGGGGAAGUCGGCCAAGCAAUAGAUGGCUGUACACAGACAACAG